AUGAGCCUGCUCGACCCCUCGGCCCGCGCCCGCCCGCUGCUCAAGCGCUCCCGGCCGGCGUACUACCCCUCGGAGGACUCCAAGCGCAGACGCACCUCGCCCACCGGCGCCUUCUCCCGGCUCUCCCUCGGCCCCCAGGACCCGCAGGCCCAGCCGCCGACGGACCGCGCCCUCGUCCAGGCCUGCACCAGCCGCGUCCCCGCCGCCGACGCCUGGCCCGGCCCGGACUACACCCAGACCCGGCUGCGCGCCGCCGCCGAGCCCCAGUGCGCCUUCCUCCCCCCCGCCGGCCUCCGCUCCUCCACCCCACCCGCGCUCCUCGUUCCCCCCGACCUCGCCCAGCGACUCGCCCAGAGCCACAAACACGCCCUCAUCCACAACGACGACGAUGAUCAUGGGUAUCCGCGGAUCGUCGAGAUCGGCGACGACGACCAGCCGCCGGGACCCGCCGCCGAGCCAAUGGACAUCGACUAG